AUGGGAGCGAUUGAUUGGAGAGAAGAAGGCACAACCUCAUUGUCGAACACCUCCAUCGAGAAGGUGGUGGUGGCACUGCGGGAGGCUCGCCUCACUUGGAGACAGUCUAGGGGCAAGAAGAACAUCAAGUGGCAUGGCUUUCAUAUUGAUCAUCCCAUGACUGCCCCUCAUAUCCACCUCCUCACCAGACACGGUCGACAGCUCAAACCCGUGCAACAAGUUAGCCAACACCAAAUUCAUCAUCUGCAGGCCAGAGUUUGCCCCUGGGCAGAUCCUCCGGCCCGCACUAAAUGGGAUCAGCUUGAAAUCACGACCUUUCACAUCCAAGUUCCGGUGCUCCCCCAGAAAUCUCUCGGGCUUGAACUCCAGUGCGUCGGGUCCCCACACGUGCGGGUCCCGAUGCAGCUUCCACGCGUUCACCAUCAGCCAUGUCCCCUUGGGGAUGUGGUAGCCGCUGACGUGGCAGUCCUCGGAAAACUCGCGUACGCCAAGCAGGGGGCCUGCUGGGCAUAA